CGGUGGGGGGGGGGUCACGUGGCCCGGAAGCGGCCAGCGGGAGGUACGGUGGCCCGGGCGGGCGGAGGAUGGCGGCGCUGGAGCGGUGGGUGUCGGGGGAGCUGCACGCGCUGCUGGGGCUGAGCGAGCGGCACGUGGUCGGGUUCCUGCUCGGCCUGGCCCGGCGCAGCCGCAGCCCCGACGAGCUGCUGAAUCGCCUGGAGGAGACGGAGACUCUGCGCGUGAGCGAGCCGGCCGUGCGCGCCUUCGCCCAGCGCCUCUGGGAACAGAUCCCACGUUCGGCCCCCCAGGAGCGUCCGGCCCGGGUGGCCGAGCGGGAGGCCCUGGCCCUGCAGCAGAAGAACCGCUCGUACCAGCUGCUGGAGGACAGCGAGGAGGAGGAGGGGGAUGGGGGGGCUGCCCCGGGCUCCAAGCGCCGGCCCGAGCAGGGGAAGCACAAAAAGCGGCGCAAACACCUGCGCCGGAAGCCGGAGGAGGCGUCGGAGGAAGAGAACGAAGCUGAGCGGGAGCCGGAGCCAUCCUUGGAGGGGAAAGACUCAGAGGACGAAUGGGACCGCAGCGAGCGAGAGCGUCUGCAGGACUUGGAGGAGCGCGACGCCUUCGCUGAACGGGUCAAGCGCAAGGACAAGGAGAAGACCAGGAACAUCCUGGAGCGUUCGGACAAGAAGGCCUACGAAGAGGCGCAGAAGCGACUGAAGAUGGCAGAAGAAGACAAGAAAACUAUGAUCCCAGAGCUGCGGAAGAAGUCGCGCCGGGAGUACCUGGCCAAGCGGGAGCGGGACAAGCUGGAGGACCUGGAGGCGGAGAUUGUGGACGAGGAGCACUUGUUCUCGGAGCUGGAGCUGACGACGGCCGAGCAGCGGGAGCUGGAGUACAAGCGCCGGGUGCGCGACCUGGCCAAGGACUACAAGCGGGCGGGCGAGCAGGAGAAGCUGGAGAAGAGCAGCCGCUACUACAUGCCCGAGGAAAGCCGUGGCAAGAAGAUCCCCGACCGCUAUGAGGAGCCGGUGGCGGACGAGCGCGCCACGCCGCGGGAUGAGCAGCGGCGCUGGGAGGAGGAUCACAUUGGGGCGGCUGCCCUGCGCUUCGGGGCCCGCGACGCCGGCCAGCGCCACCCCGGCAAGGACUACGAGUUUGUGCUGGAGGAGGACGAGAUGAUCCACUUCGUCAGCGCUGUGCAUAUGCAGGGCACAGCCCAGGGCAAGGAGGAGAAGUCGGAGCUGUCAGAGGUGGCGCGGAGGAAGCUGUCCAUGCAGGAGGUGCGGCGCAGCCUGCCCGUCUACCCCUACCGCCAGGACCUGCUGGCGGCCAUCGCCGAGCACCAGAUCCUCAUCAUCGAGGGGGAGACGGGCUCCGGAAAGACCACGCAGAUCCCCCAGUACCUGUACGAGGAGGGCUACACGGAGAAGGGGAUGAAGAUUGGCUGCACCCAACCCAGACGAGUGGCGGCCAUGAGCGUCGCGGCCAGAGUCUCUCAGGAAAUGGGAGUUAAGCUUGGUAACGAGGUGGGCUACAGCAUCCGCUUUGAGGACUGCACGUCGGAGCGCACGCUGCUCAAGUACAUGACGGACGGCAUGCUGCUGCGGGAGUUCCUGACCGAGCCCGACCUCUCCAGCUACAGCGUGAUCAUCAUAGACGAGGCCCAUGAGCGCACCCUCCACACCGACAUCCUGUUCGGCCUGAUCAAGGACAUCGCCCGGUUCCGCCCGGCGCUCAAGGUGCUGAUUGCCAGCGCCACACUGGACACCGAGCGCUUCUCCACCUUCUUCGACGACGCACCCAUCUUCCGCAUCCCCGGGCGCCGCUUCCCUGUGGACAUCUUCUACACCAAGGCCCCCGAGGCCGAUUACCUGGAGGCCUGCGUGGUGUCGGUGCUGCAGAUCCACGUCACCCAGGCGCCCGGCGACAUCCUGGUCUUCCUCACUGGCCAGGAGGAGAUUGAGGCCUGCUGCGAGAUGCUGCAGGAACGCUGCCGCCGCCUGGGCUCCAAGAUCCCCGAGUUGCUGGUGCUGCCCAUCUAUGCCAACCUGCCCUCUGACAUGCAGGCCAAGAUCUUCGAGCCCACCCCACCCGGGGCCCGGAAGGUCGUCGUGGCGACUAACAUCGCAGAGACCUCGCUGACUAUUGAUGGGAUCAUCUACGUCAUCGACCCGGGGUUCUGCAAGCAAAAGAGCUACAACGCCCGCACCGGCAUGGAGUCCCUGAUCGUCACACCCUGCUCCCGGGCCUCCGCCAACCAGCGGGCCGGGCGCGCUGGGCGCGUGGCUGCUGGGAAAUGCUUCCGCCUCUACACUGCCUGGGCCUACAAGAACGAGAUGGAGGAGACCACGGUGCCGGAGAUCCAGAGGACCAACCUGGGCAACGUGGUGCUGCUGCUCAAGAGUCUGGGCAUCAACGACCUCAUCCACUUUGACUUCAUGGACCCGCCACCCCAUGAGACCCUGGUGCUGGCCCUGGAGCAGCUGUAUGCCCUGGGCGCGCUCAACCACCUUGGGGAGCUCACCAAGCUGGGCCGGAAGAUGGCAGAGCUGCCAGUGGACCCCAUGCUGUCCAAGAUGAUCCUGGCCUCGGAGCAGUACAAGUGCUCAGAGCAGAUCCUCUCCAUUGCGGCCAUGCUGUCUGUCAACAACUCCAUCUUCUACCGGCCCAAGGACAAGGUGGUGCACGCUGACAACGCCCGCAUGAACUUCUUCCUGCCCGGCGGGGACCACCUGGUGUUGCUCAACGUCUACACCCAGUGGGUGGAGAGCGCUUUCUCCAUGCAGUGGUGCUACGAGAACUUCAUCCAGUUCCGCUCCAUGAGGCGGGCGCGGGACGUGCGGGAGCAGCUGGAGGGGCUGAUGGAGCGCAUCGAGGUGGACCUCACCUCCAGCGAGGGAGACUACGUUCCCAUCCGCAAGGCUAUCACCGCUGGCUUCUUCUACCACACGGCCCGCCUGACCCGCACCGGCUACAAGACAGUCAAGCACCAGCAGACGGUCUUCGUCCACCCCAACAGCUGCCUCUUCGAGGAGCAGCCCCGCUGGCUCAUCUACCACGAGCUGGUCUUCACCACCAAAGAGUUCAUGAGACAGGUCAUAGAGAUCGACAGCACGUGGCUGCUGGAGGUGGCCCCUCAUUACUACAAGGCGAAGGAGCUGGAGGACGCCUCUGCGAAGAAGCUGCCCAAGAAAGUGGGCAAGACACGGGAGGAGCUGGGCUAGAGGCCCUGGAGGCCAAAGCCAGCCCCUCAGGACUGGGUUAUUUUGGGGGAGGCUACCCCUUUUCUAUGGACUCUGUACAGCUGUAUAGUGUGUUCUGGCCAAGGAGGGCAGCAGAAACAAAGCGAUUUUUAAAUUAA